GUCGACAUAUAUGUGAGAACUACUUCAUAGGGACACACCAACCUUUUCGCACUGAGCUGUCUCAGCCAAAAUGAAGUUCCCGACCCUGCCCGAGGUAGAUAAACGUGACCGCGAUGAGCCCACCGAUACAUUGAUCAAGUCAUUGCUUGAUGAGGAGCAGGCCAGCAAGAAGCAGAAGAAGGGAGGCGAAAAUGCGGGACCGUCGACAGCGGCGCCAGCUCCCGUGCGGAGAGGCAAGACGCUUGCAGAAAUUGAAGCUGAGGAGGGCGGCCCUGUCAAGGAAAGCCUGGUCGGCAUGGCCCACACGCGACGAGCCGAGAACCGGAAGAAGCGCGAGGAGCGGGACAUAGGCGACACGGACGUGUCCGUCGCCAACACGGAGCGUUUUGAAAAGGAGGGCCUUGAAGUGGAGGAAGAGGAUGGUAUCCAGUUUGAGCCGUUCAACUUGAAGGCGGAGCGCGAGGAGGGUGUCUUCGAUGCUGAUGGCAACUACGUCUACAAGAAGAAGGAAGGCGAGGAGGGCGAGGACGGCAAGGACGCUUGGCUCGCCUCGGAGGAGGCCAAGGUGGUCAGCGAUGAGGUCCGUAAGCGGAUAGAGGAGCAGCGCGCAAGGGCGGAGGUGGCGCAGCGGCAGGCGCCGCUGACAGAGCGGCAGAUUGCACAGCGGAAAGCCGACAUGGCUGCACUCAUGCUCCCCGGAGAGACCGUCACCCGCGCACUCAAACGCCUGGGCGGCGGCGGCGGCGCAGCCGGCGGCGCCGCGGGCUUGGGCCGUGCCAUGGGUAAACGCGAGCGCGCCAGGCUGCAAGCGCAGCAGGCGGCGGUGGCGGCGGGCGCCGCCGACGGUGAGGCUGGCAACCAGGCGCAGCAGCAGCCCCAGCAGGAGGGGGAGGCGGCGGCGGAGGCGGCGGCGGCGCGACAGGCGGCAUUUGUACGGCUGACGGAUCUGGCGGACGACCUGCUCAGUGAGGGCGAGAUGGAGAUCUACGGCUGUACGACGGAGGAGCUGAUUCGGUCCGCGCGCAUGUGGCUGCCGCAGCUGGCGGCGGCGGCGGCUGGGCAGGCGCCGGCGGCGGCAGCGGUCGGCGCCGCGGGCGCGGUGGCGCCGGCGGCGCCGGGCGAGGGCGUCAAGUCGGUGGCGGUAGACAGCGAUGAGGACAUGUUUGGGGACAGCGAUGAUGAGGGCAAGAAGGGGUCGAAGAAGGAAAAGGAGGUGACGGCGGUGGCGACGCCCACGGCAUCGGCGGCGCCAGCCGCCGCGCCCGUGGCGGCAGCGCCGCCAGCAGCGCCGGCGGGGGUGCCGUCAGGCGGCGGUGGGCCGGGGGCGCCGCCGGCUAAGAAGCAGCGACGGGAGGCUGGCGGCGACGGGGAGGAGGUGGACUACGGCAGCUGGCCGGUGAAGGAGCUGAAGCGCUUGCUGCAGGAGCGCGGCGUGGACGCCAGCAGCAUCGUGGAGAAGGGCGACCUCGUGGCGCGAGUGAAGGAGGUGCUGGCGGCGGCGGCCGUAGCAGCGGGGCCCGGCGGCAGUAGCAGCGGCGGGCCGGGCGGCAGCAGCAGCGGCGGGCCGGGCUCGUUUGAGGCGCCGGCGGGUUAUGUGUUCGAUCCUACGAGCGGCUAUUUUUUCAGCGAGGCCAGCGGCAUGUUUUAUGAUACCAGCACUGGCGGCUACUGCCAGGCCUCCACAGGAAAGUGGUACUAUCUGGACGCAGGGAGCGGCAGCUUCGUGGAGUGGAAGCAGUAGCGGCUGUAGCGGCUGUAGCAGUGGCCGCUGUGGUGGAGGGGCGGUGGGAGCAGUAGCAGCUGCGGUGGAGGGGCGGUGGGGGCAGUAGCAGCUGCGGUGGGGUGGCAGUGGGGGCAGUAGCUGUCAGCAGCAGCCGCGGCGGGCGAGUGUCGAUGCCUUUGACGAAUGGCCGCGCUGACGGGGCGAGGGCGGGGGCUUGGGCGGACGGACACGUGCGUGUCAGGGUGGGCCGGCCGGUUGCAGGCGCGUGAUACUGCGUUACAUGGAGGAACUUGCGGUUGAGUGCGGUUGAAAGAGGAGGAGGAGGAAUGGGGCGUGAGGAUGCUGGCGUACGUACGUGCGUAUGUGUUCUUGCACUACCGUAUUCUGUGCCUACUGGGGGGCUGGUGGCCACUGCGUGCCGUAGCGGACCAGGCUUGUGCAAACACGUUUCCAGCACGGCAGUGUGGCGCUCAUAUGACGCCGGUCGCCUGAUUGCAGGUGCGCUAUCACUCUGCGUCGCGCGCGGUGUGGCGUCGUACAAUGUCUGCGUGGUGCUGUCGCCUGGCCGGGCGCCCGGAGCGUGAGGAAUGCGCGUCAGCAAACCUCUA